AUGGAGCGGAGAAGGUGCGAAACCCCGGGAGGCAUCCCGCGACUGCAGGGGCUGCUUUUGCUUUUCCAUGCAUUAGCUGGUGGGCUGGCAGAACAAGAAGUGGAAAACCUUUCGGGCUUAUCUCCAAAUCCCGAGAAGGCUAUUUUUGUAGUUCGGGAAAACGGAACAACCUGCCUCAUGGCGGAAUUCGCUGCGAAAUUAGUCGUCCCCUACGAGAUCUGGGCCAGUAAUUUUGUUGAUAUGAUCACCGAGCAAGCCUAUAUCCCGCUUUCCCGCGGAGCAGAGGAGCGAGGCAAAUGCAGCAGCAACGAAUCCGAGCUCCACAUCUCGUGGCUCAACAGAGCUUACACCCUCAGCCUUUAUUUUGUCAAGGAGACGCGUAACCGAAGUUCUGGCUCCGAGGCCUGGUGGAAAAUGAGCAAAGUCCAGUUCGUUUACGACAGCAGCGAAAGCACCUACUUCAAAGGCGCCGUGAACCCGGGGAAACACACGGUCGUAACACGUCACCUCUCUGCUUUAGUCACCCCAGCUGGGAAGUCUUAUGAAUGUCAAGCUCAGCAGACAAUCACCUUAAACUCCGGUGACCACCAAAAAUCAGUUGUUCUCUUGCUGUCAGAGGUCCGCCUCCAGCCCUUCGACAUCAGCUCUGAUUUUGUUUUCAGUGAAGAACAUAAAUGUCCAGUGGAUCAAAGAGAACAAUUAGAAGAAACCCUGCCUCUCAUAUUGGGCUUGAUCUUGGGCUUGGUGAUUGUGGUAACCCUCGGUGUUUAUCACAUCCAUCUCAAAAUGACAGCCAACCAAGUCCAAAUUCCACGGGACAGAUCGGAGUAUAAACAUAUGGGAUAG